AUGGCGGCGUCCUUGGCAGAGACGGCACUCCCGAGUCAGGAGGAGAUCAACACGCUUGGGCUGGCCACGGCAGUGGGGCCCAUCGCCACCUGGGCCGGCCUCGCGGAGGAGCCCUUGGCGCAGUUGUCCGAGGUCUUGGGGUUCAGCUCUGUGCAGGACUUCAAGCAGGCGCCGCCGCGCCUGCUGGCGGCGUCCCCGCCGGAGGCAUUCGAGGAGGCGCUCAAGGAGUGGAUGGGCGCCUCAUUCCUCUCCAAGGCUGGCGCGCGCCUCCUCUACAAGGUAGCGGUGGCGCUGUGCACGGCCAAGGUCUCUUCGGAGGCCAGGCCGGCCGAGGGGGCGGCGACCACCAAUGCGAAGAAGAAGCUGAAGCUCGCGCACCUCAUCGACAGCACGGACGACACGGAGAUCAACGCGCCCGACACGGACCAGGUGACACGAUGGUUCGAGAACUACGCCGAGAUCAAGCACGGGGAGCCGCUCGAGCACCACGAGCCGACCCCGGACCAGAUCGCAGCGCUCCACACCCGCGUUGUGGAGCUGAAGGCGGAGCCGUACGCGGACUUCUCGCUGCUCACGCCUUACGGCCGCCGCAUGGCCAAGAUCCUCCGCCACCGGAGCUGGUUCCUCCAGGAGGACGGCUCCUACAAAGCCAUGGAGGUACCAGGGCCCGCGAGCUUCGAGGUCUGGGAGAAGUGCUUCGACGUCUACGAGGUCAUCCUCCUCAUGCUCCGCUUUCCGCCGGCUGCGGAGGGCGACGGCCGCCCGGAGGUCGUGGUUACGCCAAUCGCGAUCGACGCUUACCGGGAGGCCUUCAAGCAGCUGUGCAAGGAGCACCCGGAGUGUUGGCACCUUUGCCAGCGCGCCGAGGACCGCUGCCGGGCGGAGCACUUCGCCAGGGUAGCGCGCAAGCUCCGGGACAAACACCGGCGCAAGCCUACUUGGAGCGAGGUCUUCCAGGAGGCUGCCUUGGACGACCGCUACUGGGACCGCGAAGUGCGGCGGCCGGCGCUGGGGUUUCUCGCCAGGAACAAGCGCCCCCAGACGGACGGCGACGACGCUACUUCAGCAGCGUCGCAGGAGCCCCCGGCGAAGAAGACGGUCUCCCAGAAGCGCCGGGAGAGGAAGCAGAAGCUGGUGGAGGUUGGGAGCGAGAGCAAUCCAGCGAAGGGCAGCCGCAAGGGCGAGACACACCCCAGGAAGGACAAGCAGGGCCGGUUCAUUACGACGCGGGAGGGGCAGGAGAUCUGCUUCAAGUACGCGAACGGCCCCGACAAAGGCGGGUGCACGGGGAUCCACGAGGCCAAGGGGCAGGGGAACCUGGGGGUCAAGGACGAGGAGGAGGAGGAGCACGAGGAGGAGAACUGCGAGGUCAGGGACUUCGAGGUCGCCGAAGCUGGGUGCGAGAGGAGCCAGGUCGUCACCGACAGCGCUGCCCUACGCGCGGGGCAGACCGGGGCUGCCCGACGCCCUCCGGAUGGCGUGGCGCUUCCAGAACCGAGGGCUGCCAGGGAGGCUGCAAACAAUGCGGCCCUUGGUGGGCUCCGAAACCCCAACCGGGCAGUCGCCAGAUCUGUCGGGCUCAGGCGGACGGGCGCCCGGGUCCGGAAGGUCCUCGACGAGGUGCUCGACCGCUCAUCGUUCAAGGAGAGUGUCGUUUCGGUCAUCGACCACAUGGGCACGGACCAGUGCAAUGGCUUCAGCCAAGAGGCCGUGGAGUUCACCCAGGAGGCGCUCCGGAAGGAGUUCGGGGCUUCGCGUUCGGACCCCGGCACCGUUUUCGACCACCAGCUAUGGAAGUCACUUUUGGACGCGGCGGGAGAUCCAGAGACAGAAGUUCCGGGCUGGCUCCGGCACGGUUGCCCGACCGGCAUUGGGGAGUCGGAGGUUCGCACGUGCGGCAUCUUCCCGCCGGUGGACCAUGCCAGCGCAGCCAUAGAGAAGGCCAGACAGUUCGCUGCCCUCCGGGCCGCGCAGGAGUGGAGGCACGACCUCCACAAGAACUACGCCAGCUUCUACACCGACGGCGGCGCUCUGGCGGAGCAGGAGGUCCAGCGCAUCGAGCAGCGCGGCUACAUCGAGAUCAUCCGCGACUGGGACGAGGUACGCAGCAGAUGGCCCGAUGCGACGGCGAGCAAAGUUGCGCUCCUCGUCAAGACGCGGGAGGACGGUUCGACGAAAGCCCGCAUCAUCAUCGACCUACUGCGCUCGGGGGUCAACGGGGGAGUCGCCCUCCCAGAGCGCGUAGUCCUACCCCGCUUGUCGGACCUCACGGCCGCGGUUCUCGACCUCAUGGAGAUCGACGUCAGGGCCGACUGGCACCCGGACGAGGAUUGGUACGAGCUGUGCACGGUGGACUUCGAGGACGCCUUCCACACCCUAUCGCUCCGAGCAGCCGACCGGGGGAAGAUGGUCUUCAAGACGGCGGCUGGCUGGGCAGUCUUCCGCCGCCUGUGCUGCGGGAUGGCUUCGGCCCCCUUGGUUUGGGGCAGAGUCGGCGCCGCUGCGUGCAGGCUGGGCCAGGCGAUGUUCCAACCGCACGAGCUCAGAAUCCAGCGCUUUGUGGACGACCCCGCGAUCUGCACUCGCGGCCCCCCGCACCAGCGGAAGCGGCUCUUGGGUGCGCUCCUCCUGUUCUGGGCCGCGCUUGGUUUCAGGCUCAACUGGAAGAAGGCCAUUCGCGGGCAGACCGUGCCCUGGAUCGGGGCACAACUGGAGCUCCAGCGCCGGCGGUGUCGGAAGUGCCGCCGGCACGCGCGGGGCAUCCAGGUCACGCUGGCUCCGAAAAAGUGCCGGGAGAUCGUCGAGGCCGUCGACGCGAUCCACCGCUCGACGGGCGUUGUCCACGUCAAGGAGGUUCGCAAGAUCGCCGGCCAGCUCUCGUGGGCCAGCGGUCUACUUCCUUGGCUUCGCGGGUUCAACGCCUGCCUGUGGGCGGCGUUGGCGGCGCACGACCAGGAGCAGAACGCGCAGGCCUUGAGAUUCUCGGCCAAGAAGCGGCCCGGUCAGCUCUUCUUCUUGCUGCGAAUCCAGCAGGCGAUCACCUGGAUCCGCUUGCUGUUUGCCGGGCUCAUCCGGGACCGCGAGGGCAAGGCGAUCACAGUCCAAAGAUGGACAAAUGCGACAACCCGCCUAGCCGACCUGUCGGCGUGCAUCCGCACCGACGCGUCCCCGUACGGGUUCGGCGCGAUCUUCUUCGUCGAUGGGGCGCCGCGCGCCUGGAUCGCCGAGGAGCGGGCGGACGCGGACCUCGAGCUGCUCCACGCGACCCGCGGGGACCCAGCGUGGCAGGCCGAGUGGGAGUUGCUCGCGCUCCUGGUUGCCGUGGAUUGCUGGCUGCCGCGCCUCAAGGACGAGGCGCUCGCGCUGCUCCAGACGGACGCCACCGCGGCCCUCUUCAGCGCAGCCAGGCUGGCCGGGAGAACGCCGCUCAUGAAUGCUCUCGCGGCGGAGUUGGCGCUGCGGUUCGAGAGCGCGAAUGUCCACGUCAGCCUGGAGCACGUUGCGGGCACGCUGAACUUCGAGUGCGACGCGCUGAGCCGGAUUUCGCAGGGCGCGGCGAUUCCGCGCUCGCUCAGGUGCACGUGGGCCGGCCGCCUUCGGCAAGGGGGGGCGGACUUCGCAGCCCUCGGGCCGGCGCGGAGGGCGGCCGUACUGAAGGGCAAGGCCAAUGGCAAAGGCGUCGGCAGGGUCGGCUCUGCGGCCGCGUCGGGCGCGGAGCUUGUGCCUCGUAAGAGCAGGAAGGAUUUCCCAGACGUCAGGGCGACAAAACGCCCCUGCAGAGCAGAGGUGCUCACGGCCAUCUCCACGAUCAAGGGGAAGGAGGAGGUCCUCGCCAGGCUCCUGCAGGACACUUCAGCGGCCAGCAGCAAGCUCACCGCCGACUCGCCGUGGGCAACCUGGUCGGUGUUCCACCAGGCUUGGUUUGGCGAAGCGACGCCGGCCCUCCCGCUGAGCGCGGAGACGGUCUACGCUGUCGCCGCUUGCUUCAAGCAGGGGGGCUACCGGGGGUUCCCUGCGUACAUGGCCAAGGCUAAGGAGGCCCACACCCUCGCCGGCUGGCCGUGGGAUGAGCAGCUGGACCUUGCUCGGCGGAAGGCCACGGCAUCGGUCCUCCGGGGCUUGGGCGUUGCGAGACAGUCCGCGCCCUUCGACCUCAACGCAGCGGUCAAGGCGGUGCGCGAGGGCAGCGUCCACCUGGGGCCGCUCGCGCCCGUGGGAUGGGUGAACUUCCUCAUCGUCGCCUCCAUUUUUGUCAUGCGGGAGAUCGAGGCGGCGUUUGCCAAGGUCGGCCACGUGACCCUCAACAGGGCCGAGCGCAAGGUCAGCCUCAGGCUCCCAGUCUCCAAAAGGGACCCGCGGGCCGUCGGCUGCACGAGAACAUGGGGUUGCACGUGCGCGAGCCCGCUGUCUCGUGAAUUGUGCCCGUAUUGCGCGGCAGAUGAGCAGUUGGGCAUGCUCCGGGACAUGUUCGGCCCGAGUUUCGAUGACGACUUGCCGCUCUUCCCAUGCCGCACUGGCGGGGUCUGCCUGAAGGCCAACAUCGUGGCGGCGCUCGAGGCCACCGUUGCGGCAUACGGAGGCGCUCCGUUCCACCCGAGUGGCGCGAAGGCUUUGGGAGGGCAUUCUUUCAGAGUCACGGGAGCCCAGAGGUUGGCCAUCGCAGGGUUGGAGGUGCACAAGAUCAUGCUGCAUGCGCGGUGGGCCGGCGACACCGUUCUCCGCUAUAUCCGCGAGGCGCCCUUGGAGAAUCUCCCAGCGGAGGUGAUCGCUCUCGAGGAGAAGCGCUCGCUCAUCGAGUCCCUCACCAAGGCGCAGGACGACGUGAUCAAGGUUGGCGACCAGGUGGCUGCCCAGAAGCAGGACGUCGCGGACGCGCUGGCCGCCCUGCAGGAGCGGCUCGCCAAACUCGACGCCGGCUCCGCCAAGCCAUACGUCAGCGGCGGAGGCUCGAGGAGGUUCCGGGUCCACGAGGUCGCAGUGGAGGGGCUCGACGUCCCCCCGCAGCUGUGGAGGACCAAAUGCGGC